GGUGGCGACACACCUGCUCCGGCUCCGCCAUUGGUACGACUUUGGUAGAGCACGAGGCCAAGGCUGCACACCAAAAGAGGCGUCGUCGUCACUCCUCUUGCCUCCUCCUGACCGCCUCUGCCAGCACGCGCUUUUUGGGCCUCCUCGUCCCUCCCGUCCCCUCGCAUCUCUGUCCCGCUUCUCCAUUCCGCUCCGACGUCAGAUCCGGAUGGAUCCGCCCCCGCCCGCGGCGAGCCCGCCGUCGAGGCCCCCGGACGCGUCGGAGGAGCCGGGCGCCCCUGCCACCGCCACCGCCACCGCCAGCGCCGCUCCCGUCACAGACACUACUGACAGUACACAAGCUGAUGCUCAAGGAGGACUACAUGACACAGCUAUUAGCAAUCCGGAGAAUAACAAUGACACCUCCACUUCGACUCGAGGAGAUUCACAUUCACCCUGGAUUUCGGAAGAACAUUUGGGUGAAAGUUUAGUGCAGACUACCUCCAAGCAGGCAGCAAACUCAGAUGGGACAAGGAAGAGGAAUUUUCAGCCUGGAAAUAAAGAGGCAGUACAUGCUCCUAGUGCUGGCAGCAAAUCUCACGCACGUGACAUCUCUGUGGUGGAAACUAAAGAUGCAAGGAGCAAGUUCUUGAAGAAAUCCGAUAACGAGGAUCCAGCAUGUGAAGACAGGAAGAAUGCCGAUUUGGCAGGGAUCUCGGAAGAAUUGAAGGAAAACAAUAACAGAUCUUCUCUUAACUCUAGCAGCUUGAAGGAUGAGAAGAAGCAAAAGAAUAGAAGCAGAGGAAAAGAGAAUAGCAAUCAUGUUCAUAACACAAGCACUUCACAUGAUAUUUCUUUGCCAACUAGCGCUGGUACCUCUUGUUUGACGUCGAUGGUUACUGAGAACAAUGCAGAAGCUCCUAAAUGCAUGGGUUUGAGGCUAAAGAAAAAUCCAGAUGAUGUAUCCCUGACAAACUCAUUCACAGUAGUUAACGCAGAGACCACGGAUGGGGGAAAUUUGAAUGUAGACAGUACCAUUCAAAAGAACUUUGAUGAAGUUCUGCCUGGUUCACUUAAAGAGAAAGAAACUGAGAAUGUUGCAACAUCCUUGGAUUCAUCCGUGCUUCACUCCAGCCAACUGGCAAGCAGUAAUGUGUCUCUGAUGCCACUUCAAGGUGUUAUAGUUGAUGCAGAUGUGAAGACCAACUGCCUACAUUCAUCAACUGAAGAAAAAGUUUAUCGGAGUGCAGUUAGUGAAGAUGUUACCAAACCUUCUGAUCAUGUUUCCCAGCCUAACAUCGCAGAAGAGCACAAGAAUUUCGGGUCCGGUAAACAUAUGAGAGAAGCUAUUCUUCAUACAUCAGUUAAUAGUGCUGGAAUAGAAAAGGUCUUACCAUCUGAAAAUCAGAAGAACCAGUCGUAUCCAUUCAAUGAAGGCGCAAACUUCUUUCAGAGAGGAAACGCAGACCGUAACUUUAGGGCAGAUGUUCAUCACCGUAGGAACAUCUAUGGAUCAGGAGGCAUGGGGAAUUCAGAGUAUGAAUUUCAGAGGAACCAGUCACAUCCAUUCAGUGAAGGUAGAAACUUCUUUCCGCUAGGAAGGGAAGACCCUAACUUAAGGGCAGGUGUUCAUCACAGUAUGGACAUGUAUGGAUCAGGAGGCAUGGGGAAUUCAGAGUAUGGGUUGCAGAGGAACCGGUCGUAUUCAUUCAAUGAAGGUGCAGACUUCUUUCAGCUAAGAAGGGCUGACCCUAACUUUAGGGUAGGUGUUCAUCACAGUAUGAACAUCUAUGGAUCAGGCGCCAUGGAGAAUUCGGAGCAUGGAUUUCAGAGGAACCGGUCUUAUCCAUUUGAUGAAGGUGCAAACUUCUUUCAGCUAGGAAGGCCAGACCCUAACUUCAGGGCAGGUGUUCGUCACAAUAUGAAUAUCUAUGGAUCAGGCACCAUGGGGAACUCAGAGGAUGGAUUUCAGAGGAACCAGUCGUAUCCAUUCUAUGAAGGUGAAAACUUCUCUCAGCUAGGAAGGCCAGACCCUAACUUUAGGGCAGGUGUUCAUCACAAUAGGAACAUCUAUGGAUCAGGCGCCAUGGGGAAUUCAGAACAUGGAUUUCAGAGGAACCAGUCGUAUCCAUUCGAUGAAGGUGCAAACUUCUUUCAGCUAGGAAGGCCAGACCCUAACUUUAGGGCAGGUGUUCAUCACAGUAUGAACAUCUAUGGAUCAGGCGCCAUGGGGAGUUCAGAGCAUGGAUUUCAGAGGAACCAGUCGUAUUUAUUCAAUGAAGGUGCAAACUUCUUUCAGCCAGGAAGACCAGACCCUAACUUUAGGGAAGGUGUUCAUCACAGUAUGAACAUGUAUGGAUCAGACGCCAGGAGGAAUUCAGAGCAUGGAUUUGGAAGAAGCUAUUUGGAUCAUACCAGUACCGUAAAGAAUGAAAUGCAGGAGAAAGAACGAACUUGCUUAUCAACAAAUCACAACAAUGACCAGAUAAGCCCUUCAAAUUUAGCUCAGGCAUAUAGCGAAAAGCUUAGAAUGUCCUUCCCUCCAAGAGAUUCCUUGACAGGGUUUCGGAAGAAAAAGCUUCUUAUUCUAGAUCUCAAUGGCCUUCUUGCGGAUAUCAAUGAAGAUUUCCACAAUGCUCACAUGGCUGAUGCAAAGGUUCGAAGGAAACUAGUCUUCCGAAGGCCUCACUGUGAUGAUUUUCUCAACUUCUGCAUAAAAAAAUUCGAGCUAGGUGUAUGGUCCUCAAGGAAACGGAAAAAUGUUGAUUCUGUUGUUGACAUCCUUAUGAGAGAUUUCAAACCAUACCUACUGUUUUCUUGGGCCAGGGAUAAAUGCACAAUGACUGGACGGAACACACUGGAGAACGUGCACAAACCAAUAGUACUGAAGGAAUUGAAGAAACUAUGGAAUAAGGAAGAACCUGGUCUUCCAUGGAAGGAGGGGGAAUUUUCACCUUCCAAUACAUUACUUGUGGACGAUUCUCCUUACAAGGCUCUGCGUAAUCCGCCACAUACUGCCAUUUUUCCUCAGCCGUUCAGCUAUCUUAACCGGAACGACAAUUCAUUGGGUCCUGGUGGAGAUCUUCGCAUGUAUCUGGAGAAACUCGCUUUUGCAGAUGAUGUUGAGUGCUACGUUCGCAAUAAUCCAUUUGGUCAACCUUUUAUUACACAGAGUGAUCCACAUUGGGACUUCUAUGCUGAAAUAGCUGGUAAAGAGUAUGGCGCAUUAACUUGUGCCUGAACUUCCCAAUAUGUAGUGAGGCGGACUAGUAGACUGAUCUUGUGUUGAUUCUUCAGACAUGAGGGGAAGUUAUAGCAUGUUUGUUGUAUACCUGACCUCCAAACUAAUUUUACCGUGGGUUAUGGAAAAAGUUGGUGCAUCGAAGAUUGGAUUUUGGGUACCAACAGUUAUAACUUGUACGGAUGAUCUCAAGUGAAUAUGAAUGAAUUUUGAGACGGUGGCUUAAGUUUUUAAAAUUGUUUGUCACCGCCUUGUAUUUGUUCA